AUAAAUCGUGCACCCGUAGAUUGCAAAGGGAAAUUGUUCUGAAGCAGUUAAUUAAAAAAUACUUGUACUCGAAUUUUGUGAUUGACGUUUCAUGAUAGCUACUGAGGUUACUUAUACAGUAUAAACAACGGCAGAACUUAAUCAACUAAUUUAGAUUCGCCGUUUUAAGUUUCUUUACAUUCUGCAGCAACAGCCAUCCUGAUCUAUUUUUUACCCUCGCCACCUGGCCCUGAAGGUAACUGUGGGAUCCGUUUGUAGCAUGCAAAUAUUGAACUGGAAUUCCUAAAAUGCUGCUUCAGGUUUUUUUGCUCCGAGUAGAUCUGGUGAACAAAAAUCACUGCGAAUAAACUAGAUCACUUUGGUGUUCCGUUAUUGGAAAAUCUGUGAUGUACUGGUGGGUAUUAUAAUGAUAAAAUAUGCAAUCGAAAUUAGAGUCUAAGGACUUUCGAUAUUCUGCGGUUCUGAGAUCUAAUUUCUUGCACGGUAUGUUCUGUUGUUUGAGAGGAGUAAUUUAUUAUUUAAAUUGCAGAUUUAGCGGAUGUGUUAGUUGGAACGACAUAAACUUCAAUAACACUAAAUCUUCAGAGAUUGUGCAAGAUGAACUGUAGACACAAGCAGUGUCUUUGAGUUCAGUGUAUAAUAAAAAGGAAGAUAAACAUCCUAAUCUAUAAACAGGAAUUUCCGUAAUUAGUUUAUACAUCAUUCUUUCUAUAACUGUUAAAUGGCCAGUGAUAAUCGCCCUUUACACUAUUCUAAUUAUUAAAGCUUUGUGUUUUUAAUAAUCAUAUUUGGCCUAAUGCACAGUUACAUUUCUUUGCUGACGUUUUAAUGUUAACGUGAGAAAUCUGGAAGAUACACGAAUGAAUGACUUUUUGUAUGUUAAAUCAUUACAUCAAAGUAAUGCAUGCACCAGCUGUUGUUGGAUAGCCACCAAUUAUCUUAAAAUCUGUAUUAUGUGAAAGAUUAACUGAAAUGCAGUUUACUUUCCACCGCAGGGAAUUGCACUGUGUCCUUCUGCUAAAGAUGCCGAAUGAUAUACUGUAGGUGUUAAAUGUACAGUAUAUAUAAACUAAAGCCUUCUUAAUCGAAUAGGGCUUUUUAUCUAGUACUCUUUAAUCACCUAGAAAUAAAAAAGCUGUACGUGGCAGCUUUGAUCAGACACAAACACAGUGCUGUAACAACCGACAGAGUUACAGCAGCUGCUGACGAAGCAUAGUAUGGGCCCAGAGACCGCCCUGCUUCUCCCUUAUUGGAUCUCAGCGACCCCGAUUUUAGUGUCUGGGAAUUUUUAAUGAAAGGGCUCAGUAAAGUCUUUGCUAUCCAGUGUAGCUGGUGGAGGAAGAGGAAAAAAAAACCAUCAUAACAGCACAGAUCUAAGGUGGUACCAUUGGAGCAUAGGUUUAAGAGGACUCUACAGUUGCCCGGGGACUGGGUUCCAGUGUUCGGUGUCAUCAUGCUGCGAAGGCUGGCACUGUGCUCCCGGUUCAAGGUAGCCACAGGGAGUGCGCUGUCGCGGAUCAGUCCGCACUUCACAAGAGCAGCAUCACAGGCGAAAUAUUUCCCUGCGAUCUGUUCGCCAUUCAGAAACACUGCUGUCCGCCACUGGAGUAACAUUCCUUUUAUUACAGUCCCGCUCACCCGUACCCAUGGUAAGUCGUUUGCUCACCGCAGCGAGCUAAAGCACGCGAAGAGGAUCGUGGUGAAGCUGGGCAGCGCCGUGGUCACCCGUGGAGAUGAGUGCGGCCUGGCGCUCGGGCGACUGGCUUCCAUUGUGGAGCAGGUUGCUGUGCUGCAGAACCAGGGCCGAGAAAUGAUGAUAGUUACAAGUGGCGCUGUGGCUUUCGGUAAACAGAGGUUGAGACAUGAAAUCUUGCUCUCCCAGAGUGUCCGCCAGGCUCUGCAUUCCGGACAGAACCAGCUCAAAGAAAUGUCCGUUCCUGUUCUUGAAGCCCGUGCCUGUGCAGCAGCAGGACAGAGUGGGCUGAUGGCCUUGUACGAAGCCAUGUUCACGCAGUACAGCACGUGUACAGCACAGAUUCUUGUUACAAACUUGGACUUCCACGACGACCAGAAGCGAAGGAACCUGAACAGCACUCUGCACGAGCUCCUGCGGAUGAACAUUGUCCCCAUCAUCAACACGAACGACGCUGUGGUGCCCCCGCCCGAGCCCAACAGUGACCUGCAGGGGGUAAAUGUGAUCAGCAUUAAGGACAAUGACAGCUUGGCCGCCCGCCUAGCUGUUGAGAUGAAAGCUGACCUGCUGAUUGCUCUGUCUGAUGUUGAAGGAUUGUAUGAUAGCCCUCCAGGAUCAGAUGAUGCUAAGCUUAUCGACAUUUUCUAUCCUGGUGACCAGCAGUCUAUUACCUAUGGAACAAAGUCCAGAGUGGGAAUUGGUGGCAUGGAAGCUAAGGUGAAAGCUGCUCUGUGGGCCUUGCAGGGAGGUACGUCUGUCGUUAUUGCCAAUGGAACACACCCCAAAGUAACAGGGCACGUCAUCACAGACAUUGUGGAAGGAAAGAAAGUGGGGACGUUCUUCUCCGAAGUGAAGCCAGCAGGUCCCACGGUGGAACAGCAGACUGAAAUGGCCCGUCACGGUGGACGAGUGUUAGCCGCUUUACUUCCAGAACAGAGAAGUGAAAUUAUUUGCCACCUGGCUGAUCUCUUAACGGAGAAGAAGGAUGAUAUUCUGGCUGCUAACAAGAAGGACAUGGAAGUAGCGGUCAGUGGAGGCAAACUUUCUCCUCCCAUGCUGAAGCGGUUAAGUCUAUCGACGGCCAAGUUAAACAGCUUAGCCAUCGGCCUGCGUCAGAUUGCUGUAUCCUCUCGGGACAGCGUUGGCCAGGUGCUGCGCCGGACCCGCGUUGCGAAUAACCUGGAACUGGAGCAGAUAACUGUCCCCAUCGGUGUUCUGCUGGUGAUCUUUGAGUCUCGUCCUGAUUGCUUGCCUCAGGUCGCAGCUCUAGCUAUUGCUAGUGGAAACGCUUUAUUGCUUAAAGGAGGAAAAGAAGCCUCAAACACAAACCAGACGCUGCACCAGUUGACACAAGAAGCUCUUUCCAUACACGGAGUCAAGGAUGCAGUACAGCUAGUGAGCACUCAUGAAGAGGUGGAGGACCUGUGCCGUCUGGACAAGAUGAUUGAUUUGAUAAUCCCGCGGGGAUCUUCUCAGCUCGUCAGGGACAUCCAGAGGGCGGCCAAGGGCAUCCCAGUGCUGGGGCACAGCGAGGGAAUCUGCCACGUGUACAUUGACUCCGAAGCCAGUGUGGACAAAGCCAUCAAGAUCAUCAGAGAUUCGAAAUGUGACUACCCAGCAGCUUGCAAUGCCAUGGAAACUCUCUUAGUGCACAGAGACCUCCUGAGGACUCCUGUCUUUGACCAGAUUAUUGACAUGCUCAGGGUGGAGCGGGUAAAAAUUCAUGCAGGCCCCAGGUUUGCCUCUUACCUAACGUUCAGCCCCUCAGAAGUCAAGUCUCUGCGCACAGAGUAUGGGGACUUGGAGUGCUGCAUUGAGGUUGUGGACAGCAUGCAGGAAGCCAUCGAUCACAUUCACAAGUAUGGCAGCUCGCACACGGAUGUCAUUGUGACCGAGAAUGAGGAAACAGCGGAGCAGUUCUUGCAACAGCUGGACAGUGCCUGUGUGUUCUGGAAUGCAAGCACACGCUUUUCAGAUGGAUAUCGUUUUGGCUUAGGUGCUGAAGUUGGGAUCAGUACAGCACGGAUUCACGCCCGCGGGCCUGUGGGACUAGAAGGUCUUCUUACCACAAAAUGGGUGCUGAAGGGAGAUGGGCACACAGUCGCCGAUUUCUCCGAACAAGGAAGCAUGAAAUACAUUCAUGAGAACAUCCCUGUGAUACAAAGAUCCUCCAGCUAGAUUGCUCUCUUGGAUCGUCUGAGGGACCCUGCAGUGGAAGCGGAGUUUAAUGUUUACAGAUCAGGCAGUCAAGAUCAGCUUAUUGGACUGACCAAAAAAAGGUUGAAAAUUGUGCCGUGUGAGCCAAAAUGUUAAGAGUCUUGGAACAAUCUAAAAAACUUGCUGUUUCGUUCACGUAAAGCACUCCACCAAAUGGUUUUGGAAGAGCACUUUCAUAAUAAUGGUAAAAAUAAGCUGUUCAUUCAGAGAUUUCAUGAAAUGUCAUGUUCUGUUAUAGAGCUCUCAUGAAAACAAUCAAAACUCAAGCUGCAAGUGGUCCUCUAGAUCUGCCAAAAACCUUUUAUAUGUUCCCCCCCCCCCCCUCUGGUGUUAUGCUUCUUUUUUGAGUUUAAUACUCAUUCUCUCCACUUCUGCAGAAAUAAAAACAAAUUGUUUUGGACCUGCUAAGCACAGCAGUAUUUUAAAGCUGAAGCAACUGUAUGUAAUGUGGAUAAACUCUUUGCUUUGUUAUAGAUACUUUAAAAAUGGAUUGGAACAUUCCAUAUAAUGGUAUUUUAUAUGUAAAAUGCCUUAAUGAUGAUGUUUGAUUUUUGUAAUUAAUGAUGGUAUUGUAGAAUUAAAGGUUUGUUGAAUAAUU